GGUAAUCUAACACACGUGAAUGUUGUGAAGUGGAAUAAGGAAUAAACUUCUGUGAAUUGAUCACAGGAAAUGAGCACCAAAAAGGGAAAUAACACAAAAAAGGGCCAGAGACAUCAAAACACGAAAGCUUUCAAGAACAAUCUUCAUGAUACAAGCAAAAAGACAAAGCAAAUCAAUAGUUUGAAAGUUGGUGGAGUUUGCGUAAGAUGUCGUGAGAUCAUUGAGUGGAGAAAGAAAUACAAAAAAUACAAGCCUCUUACAGCGCCAAAGAAAUGGUAAGUGCUUUUUAUGUACAAUUUCUUUUGGAGGAAUGAUUUUCGUUUGGCAUUCACUUACUUUUCUGUAUCAUGUUAGUGGUACAUGGGUCCAAUCUCCCUUGAAAUUAGACCUGAACCAAAUUUCCUUUCGUUAGCAGAUCAGGAGUCUCAAGAGAAAUAUUUGUUGAAUGUUUUGUUUGCGAUUCCAGUCCCCGGUUUCAUGGGGUGUGCAAAACGUUCUGACAGUGAAUUUUUGGGCAAAAGUAAUGGUGCUACGGAGACCCAUGUAGCUUAUAACAUGAAUCCCUCAGUGAACAAGAGCCAUUCGUGGCAUUGUAUUUCCUCUUGUAUUUACUGACAGUGAUUUGUACCUUUUCAAUUGCUGUUGUGUAACUGUGAUGGGAAAUAGGGUAAUUUAGUAAAUUAUCAACUGAGUUGAUAAUGUAAAUUGCCCACUGUAAAGAGUUUCAAAGCUGAUGUUUAGAGAAUUAACCCUUUGUCAGAGCAAAACGAUGAAGGGCUGACAGAGCAACUUCAGAAUACCCAGCCACUCAAUUACAUGUCAUUGAAUAAGAAUAGUGUCUAUUGUGUUAUGCCUCGAUCUUCAAAGCCUCCUGACACAUGUAAGUGAGGCGGACCAAAGUGGCCAGGUAUUCUGAAGUUUAGCCGGGCUGACAAAGGGCUAACGCUCGAAAUGCCAGCUUAGAAACUCUUUAUGGUGGCCAAUUCAUGUUAUAAACUCAUUUGAUAAUACUAAAUUACCCUGUUAUACUCUCCCACUGACACAGCACCACAGUUUCUUUAGAAACAUACCCCCUUUAAUUAAUAAGAAAUAGAUGCUUACAUUAUCAUAGGAUCGGUCAAGUAGUGGAUUGAAAAUCCUAGUAAUUACUGUGUGCAACUAAAACAGUAUUUAUAUAUAAAUUUAUAUGUUUACUUUCAGUGUGAGGUGUGAGCUGAAGACAAUAAAACAUGCUUAUCACACAGUUUGUUCUAAAUGUGCACAACAAACGGGGGUGUGUGAGAAGUGUGGGGAGGUGCAAGAAAUAGCAGCAAAGUAAGUGUCAGUCACAUCUAAAGUGACGCUUAGCACUGGACUGAGAGAGUAUGCCCAUAGGUUUUUAUAAAUAAACCUUGGAUCAUUAGCUGUCUGGACCAUUAACCCUUUAACUCCCAUGAGUGACCACGACAGAAUUUCUCCUUGCAAUAUCAAUAAAAUAUCAACCAGAUAAAUGAUGAGAAUAAAGAAAAAUAUAAAUUUGUGGUAAUUAGUUGAUCCAAUACCAAAUUAUCUGAACAACCAUUAUAAGAACUGUAUGCUUGACAGUAACAAGAAUUACAAAGUUGAUCUGGGAGUUAAAGGGGUAACCCCAUACACCACAACAUCAGUAUCUAUAUUCUCCAUACAUUCUUUAAACAUUUCCUGUAGUACAAACAAGGAGAAUUUGUUUAACAAUCAAAGCGUCUUCCAUGUAGAUUGGCAAUCCUUUACUUUAUUCUUGUGCUCUUAAUGAAUGAUUCAGCAGAGGGAAAUAAGAUGCUGGCCACUCUUAGGGUCAGGGUGAAAGGACUGGGUCAGACCAGGGUUAUGUAUCAAGUGUUCGGCAUUAAUCACUUAUUAUUUUAUCACACAAAAUAAAUUGUUAAUUUUGUUGAAGGUCUGAACCAACACCAGCAGAAAGAGCCUCAAAGGACAGUAUGUUACAACAAGAAAUAAAAUCUAUGACAGAAAGACAAAGAAGUAGGUCAUCAAUGUUGAUUAUUUUUACCAUUUAUUGACACAUAAAGCAAAGUCUACACAAGAUCUGAUUCAUUUCUCUUUAUUUUGUUAUAUUUUGUACCUCAUUUAAUUCUUUAUUUGUUAAAUAGCAAAGCAAAUUCUUUUGAAAUUAUAAUAUCAGUAAAUAUUAUCUGUAUGAGCUACUGUUAAGUAAUCUCAGUUUAUUAUAAAAUUCAAUUUUUUUUAUGAUUUUGUUCCAUAUGUAUGAUUUGUAUGACAAUUGAAAGUCUUCACCCAGUAUUUUUUACCAACAACUAUUUGCAAGUAUCUCUUAAAUUAACUUUGAGUAAAAUUAUAAACUAUUUCUUCCAGGGACUUUCUUCAGACAUAAUGAAGAAGGAGACAGAGAAGACACAAAACAAGUUGCUUGUGCUAGUAAUACAUCAGAUCUAUCCUCCAAUGAAGAUGAUGAUGAUGCAGAAAUGUCAGAACCCCAUGAUGAGGAUGAUGAGCUGCUGGCUUCUUGA